GCUCUGGCAACUCUUUCCAGCUUGGUAGUUGGUAGGGCUCCCUCCAAACAGCAGCGGCAGUUCUGUUUGAGCCUGAGGUAGAAUUCUAGAUCUAGCGAACACUUAACAGUAAACGCACCUCCUUGAAUGGAAGAGCGCUGAGGCGAGCGAAGGAGCUAAAUAUCCUGUUUCUCAGAUUGUAGAGGUGAUGGUCAUGGGAGUGGGCAACAUCUGGCUACCCUGAGAGAGGCAGCACUUGCUCUGGACCUCUCUACCAAAGAUGGCGGGAGGUGGCUUCAGAAUGGAGCAUGCCCACACGCUGCUCCUCAACGAGGAGGCCUGUGGACAGCUAGGGGAGCACCAGCGGGCCGAGUUUGUGUACGAGUGGCUGCGCUUCCUCAAGAAGCUGCUGCCCACCAUAGACCGAGCGGACGUGAAACAGAAGCAGAAGCGCCUGGUGGAGCAGCUGCUGGCCGUGCUAACGGGCUCCCCAGGCCCCCCCGCACGCUGGCUCUUGGCCCAGUGCCUGGCGCUGGUGUACCGCUACGGAGACUCGCUCAGCGCAUCGCUGGCCCUGGACCGCUGCAGCGACAUCAUCCGCAGCAAGGACGACUCGCCCAGCGCACUGCCCACCCGCCUUGCGGCCAUCACUUGCGUGGGAGCGCUGUAUGAGCAGCUGGGUCGUCUCCUCAUCAGCUCGUUUAAGGACUCAGUCGGGACCCUCUUAAAAGCCAUAAAGAGCGCUGAGUCUCAGGGGCGCCAUGAGAUCAUGCUGAGCGUGGAGCGUAUCCUGCGGGGCCUGGGUGUUAGCGCUGUGCCUUGUCACAGGGACAUCUACAAGGCGGCACGUGCCUGCCUCACUGACCGCUCCAUGGCCGUCCGCUGUGCUGCCGCUAAGUGCCUGCUGGAGCUGCAGCGGGAGGCUGUGUUCCUGUGGAGCUCGGAGUUGGAAGGAGUCACCACGCUCUGCUUCAGGGCCUUUGAGGGCUCCUGCUACGACGUGCGCGUGGCCGUCUCCAAGCUGCUGGGCACCCUGCUGGCCGCCGCCUUACAACCCAAACAGCCUGUUGCUCCCCGUCCAGGCGGGAGGCGUAUGUGUGUGGAGGAGGUGAUGGAGCUUCUUUCGGGUGGGUUCCUGAGAGGGGGGGCUGGUUUCCUACGUGCCAGCGGCGACAUGCUGAAAGGAAGCAGCUCUGUCAGCAGAGACAUCCGUGUGGGCAUCACUCAGGCCUGUGUGGUGUUUGUGUCUGCCCUGGGCAGCGCCUGGCUGGAGCUGAACUUCCCAUCUCUGCUGGCGCUGCUGCUGCAGCUGGUGUCUCACCCGCGCGCCACCCAGAGCCCGGCCGACGCGGCCUGCACGCGCCGCUGUGUGUCCUUCGCCCUGCGCGCCACGCUGGGCACGCUGCUCGGUGAGAAGGCCCAGGUGGCCGCUGCCAAGGAGCUCUGCCGUGCCAUCGGACCCCAGAAGAAGGCUGCAGAAGCGUGUGCAGCAGAGGUUAACCCCGAGGUGUAUUUGAACCAGCACAUCCUGGUGUGUGCCCUCCUGGAGCUGGGCAGCCUACUGCAGGGACUGGGCUCCACGGCCACGCCACUGGUGCAGGACUCCAGCAUAGGUCUUUUGGAUUCGGUCAUCUCCGUGCUUCUCCAUCCCAGUGCGUCGGCCCGCUUGGCGGCUGCUUGGUGCCUGCGUUGCGUGGCCGUGGCGAUGCCAGCUCAGGCGGCAGUGCUGCUGGACCGCUGCGUUGAAAGGCUGACAGCGCUGAAGUCCUGCCCAGAGGCGGUGGCGGGCUACAGUGCAGCUGUCGCCGCCCUGCUGGGAGCUGUCCAGCAGUGUCCUCUGGGAAUACCCCACAGCAAGGGCAAGAUGGUGCUGGAGCUGGCUGAGGAUCUCCUGCGCUCAGCUGCCCAGAAUAGCCGCAUCUCCAUGCAGAGGGCUCAGGGAGGUUGGCUGCUGCUGGCUGCCCUCAACACACUUGGCCCUGCAGUUGUGGGGGAUCUGUUGGGGCGGCAGUUGCUGCUGCUCAGGUGUGCCUUCCCCCCGUCCGUGCGGGAGCUGGAGUCCGAGCUGCGGCGAGGAGACAGCUUCACCUGGCAGGUGACCCUGGAGGGCCGGGCUGGAGCUCUGAACGCUCUGAAGAGUCUGGUCUCAUGCUGUGGAGAGCUGCUGACCGAUGAGGUGUGGACUCGCCUACAGACGCCCCUGUCCUGUGCUGUUGCUCUGCUCAACCACUUGCCCACAGUGGUGAAGUCCUACGGCAACCAGGUGAAGAAUGCUACCACACUCUACAGGCUCCGAGUGUAUGAGGUCCUUGUGCUGCUGCCCCCUGAGACAUACACAGAGGGUCUGGGCUCCCUGUUGAGGCAGCUGGUGUGUGAUCUGACGGGAGAGAACCCGUCCUGCUGCGAGCUGCUCCUGCUGCCGCCCCUCUGCCAUCCCACUGACCUCACCCUGACCGGCAGCACCGCGCACGACACCGACCAGCGCUACAUCGAGGAGCAGCUCCAGAGUGGCAGCCUUGGCAUUGGCACACUAGAGUACGACCCUUUCACCAUCUUCCAGACCUCUCAGGAUGCCCCUGCGCCCGUGCCAGCCACCACCGCCCUCACCAACGCCACCAUUCAGCUGUUUGGUGUCAUCUUCCCCCAGCUGGCCACCCCACACAGGGCUCAGACUCUGGAGCAGCUUGGUGAAGCCCUGCGGCAGCUGAAGGGAGCUCGUCAGCUGACCGCACAGAUCCUGGUGACCUCUGCCCUCUGCUGCGCCCUCAAGGCAUUGGGCAUCGGGCGAGCAGGCCUUGGGGGUGAGGAGGUGUGUAAGCCUGCACGCUCUCUCCUCUGGGGGGCGCUGGAGAGUCCUAAUGGGCUGCUGCGCUGUGUCGCUGCCGAGGGCUCCGCCCGACUGGUGCAGGCGGUGAAUGACUCAGCCUUUACGGCCUCCAUGACCAUGGCCAGUGUUGACAAGUUGAAAGCGGCACGGGACGCCGUGUCACGGGCGGGGCACGCUCUGUGUCUGGCUGCUCUACAGCGCUACACUGGGGGCAUCAGCUCCUCCCAGCAGCUCGGCACCUCGGUGGGGGUCCUGUUCCCCCUCGCCCAGGACACCAGCUCGCCUGAGCUACAGACGUGGUCAGUUCAUGCUCUGGCCGUGCUGGUCGACCUGUCGGGCCCUCUGUACCGCGUGCAUGUGGAGCCCAGUCUGUCUCUAGUGCUGCGUCUGCUCCUGUCCUCCCCAUACACCCACACCCACACGGAGCUGCACCUCAGCCUGGCCCUCUGCCUCCAUCAGCUCAUCACCACCGUGGGGCCGGACCUACAGGAAGAGAGUGAGGGCGUGUGCUCCCUGCGGCGCGUGUGCCUGACGGCCUGCACGCUGCUCCAGGACAGCCAGGAGUGUCUGCUGCAGGCCCAGGCCAUCUCCUGCCUGCAGCAGCUGCACCUCUUCGCUCCCAAGCACCUCAACCUGGCCCAGCUGGUGCCCAGCCUGUGUGAGGUGUUGUUGGAUUACUCAGUAUUGGUGAAUAUGUGCAGUUCGUAUCUGUGGCUGCGGCGGGCAGUGGUGGCCUGCCUGAGGCAGCUUGCCCAGCGGGAGGCACUAGAGGUGUGUGAGCAUGCCGUCACCCUGGUCAAGGAGCUGCCACGACGGGACAACACACAACUAGAUGUGACCAUUAAAGAGGUGGGCCUGGAGGGGGCGCUGUUCUGCCUUCUGGACCGUGAGUGGGACCCGCGCUUGUGCCAGGACAUCCGGGAGACGCUGGGCCACAUGCUGAGCUCGGCUGCUACGGGCAAGCUGGCACACUGGCUCAAGCUCUGCAAGGAUGUCUUGCUGGCAUCUGCAGACAGCACAGCUGCAGGCACGCUGGAUCCCCAGCAGGACGACGACCGUGACGACGACUCGUCCGUGUUCUAUGCGCGUGCCGAGUCCAAUGGGCCGUUCAGCAGCCUGCGCUGGGCCACGCGCGUCUUUGCCGUGGAGUGUGUGUGCCGUGUGGUGGCGCUGUGUGAGAGUGCCGACCCGGCCCACUUCGACAUGGCUCUGGCCCAGGAGCGCCGCCUGCAGGAGUCCACCGACUUCCUGGUGCUGCACCUGGCCGACCUGAUCCGCAUGGCGUUUGUGGCGGCCACAGACCACAGCCAGCAGCUGCGGCUGGCCGGACUGCAGACUCUCCUGCUGGUCAUCCGCAAGUUCGCCAGUGUCCCCGAGCCCGAGUUCCCCGGACACGGCAUCCUGGAGCAGUACCAGGCCAAUGUGGGAGCUGCCCUCAGACCAGCCUUCACUGCAGAUGCCCCUCCUGAUGUGACCGCAAAAGCCUGCCAGGUGUGCAGUGCGUGGAUCUCCAGCGGGGUGGUGAGCGAGCUGAAGGACGUGCGGCGUGUUCACGAGCUGCUGGUCUCCUCCCUGCAGAGGGUACAGGGGGACCGCGAGGUGCCCAGCCUCCUCUACAACGAGGGCACGGCGGCCAUGGAAACGCUCGCUGUGCUCAAGGCCUGGGCAGAGGUCUACAUCGUGGCCGUCCAGACGGCCAGCCGGAGCGACGCCACAGAGCCGGACGAGGGCGAUGGAGUAGGUCCAGGCGGGCCGCUGGCAGCGGAUGCCAACCUGCUGAGGUUCGUGCAGACGGACCUUCCCACCCUGAGCCGCCUGUGGCUGGCCGCGCUGCAGGACCACGCGCUCCUCACCCUUCCGUCUCAGUACGCCCAGCAGCUGCCUGCCUCAGGCGGUACGUUCUACACGGCGGAAACUCUGGAGCAGGCGCGGCCGCACUACUGCGGCUCGUGGGCGCCCAUCCUGCACGCCAGCGCCCUCUGGCUCAACAGCACAGGUUUCAUCCUGAUGGACGAGGGGCCCGCCAACCUGUCCCGCCCCGUCACGCCCACCUCCAUGGGCCAAUCCGCCUCGCUGAGCAGCGUCAAAUCCCCCGAGGACAUCAACACUGAGCGACUGCACCUCAUACUGGGUAUCAGUGUGGAGUUCCUGUGCUCCCCCCACUCCCAGGACCAGAUGGAGAACAUCACCUCCUGUCUGCAAGCACUGCAGGCCCUGCUGGACGUGCCCUGGCCCCGCGCCAAAGUGGGCAACGAUCAGGCCCUGAGUGUGGAGCUGUUGACGGUGCUGCACAGGCUGAUGGUGACGCGGGAGUCUGUGGAGGUGCAGCUGGCUGUGCUGCAGCUGGUCAGGCAGGUGGUGUGUGCUGCCCAGGAGCACGUCCGAGAGAAACGCCACAGCGCAGAGGUGGAUGACGGGGCAGCGGAGAAGGAGACCCUGCCUGAGUUCGGGGAGGGUCGAGACACGGGUGGCCUGGUGCCGGGCCACUCUCUGGUCUUCGGGGCCCUGGAGCUGUGUCUGUGCGUGCUGCUCAGGAAGCUGCCGCAGCUCAGCCCCCGAUUGGCCGGAGGGAGCCCCACCUCGGGACAGGGGCAACAGGGGGUGCAUGCGGGUCUCAGCACUCCGCUCGAUGCCAGCGACUGCAGGCUGGUGGCAGCAGCCUUGGCCAUCUUGUCAGACCUACCCUCCAUCUGCUCCCCAGAGGGCAGUGUAUGUGUUCUGCCCACGGUGCUGUACCUGCUGGUUGGGGUGCUGUGUGAGCUGGUGCGAGGAGUCGGAGUGCCGGCCGGGGGCCCGCUGGUCUCAGGGGCCCUCCAGGCCCUCCGCAGCGUCCUGUCCACACCGCUGAGCCGUGGCGAGAAGAGCAGAGAAGCCUGGAGCCACCUGCUGCGCUGUGCUCUGCAGACACUACUGGACUGUGGAGACACAGGUAAGGAGGCGUUGGCUGAUGAGGUGACCCUGCUGACAGGCCUCACUAUCUUCCUGCUGUGGGCGAGUCCAGAGGUCACGUCAGCCGAGCCGCUGCAGACGCGCCUCAUUCAGCGCUUCAAGACCAACCUCCAGGCCAAAGACCCCAUGGUCCAAAGGCGAAGCUUCCAGUUGCUGACCUCUGUGUUCCAGAGCCCAGCUGGGGCAUCAGGGUCCUUCAUGCAGGCCCUGGGGGCGGCGGUGGUGGGCUACCUGCGCGAGGUGGAGAACCGGAGGCCCCAGACGCAGGAGGAGCUCCAGGCUGUGCAGGAGGGGGCCAAAGCGCUGGAGGCGUUAGUGCAGGCAGCAGAGGAGACGCACCGCCCCCAGCUGGUAUCCGUGCUGCUGCCUGUCCUCAUCUCCUUCCUGCUGGACGAGAACGCGCUGGCGUCGGCCGCCGGGCCCUCACGCUCGCUGCACGCCUGGGCCCUGCAGGAGCUCAUGCGGCUGGGGCCCCAGCAACCCUCCGUCCUGCGUGACCUCAUGGCCGCGGUGCCCGCCAUGAAAGCCCGCCUCGAGGCGGCCAUUAAGGGCAACCAGGAGCGCUCAAGCACCAAGAGCACGCCGCAGCCGCCUAGCAAGAGCUCGCCCAGCAUCCAACUCAAGACCAACUUCCUGUGAUAUCUGCAUUUUUUUGAAAACCGCUGCAAAAAUAAGAGAGAAGGGGGAGGGCAAACUCGCCGACAUGCUGCACAUCAGAUCACUCAAACUGUAGGAGACAAUAAUACUGUUGUAACUCUAAAAAGGGCACGCACUUCCCUGUGCUGAAUCAUUUUUAAGGUUGUGAGUUUGUCUUUUAAAAAAAUGUAGUUCAUUUUUAUGGCAGUGUGUUAACCUCUAUGAGGACUAUAAUCCAAAUAUGUACUUGUACACUCACCCACUACAGCUGUAGUAUUUUAAACACUAGUACACGCAAUAGGAUAGAUAAGGGAGUACAUUUGCUUCUGAGCAAAAAAUAUAUACGGCAAAAAGAUAUACACUAUUUUUAGAGGACUUUUUUGUUAGUUUUAUUAUUGUCUGCAAAGUUGCCUUCACAAGUGGAAAGGUCCCAUGUAUGUAUGUAUGUGUGUUUGUGUGUAAGUGCGAGAUGCUUUUAUGGGCUUUGUCUGUUACGUUGUGACAGAGUGUAUUGAAGUGGGUUAUGUAAUGUUUUCAUCUGCCCCCUGAAGCCAUCAGCAACACUAAACAGAGCUCCAAUGCUUCCUAGGCGCAGAUAGCUCCUCCGCCCUGCACUCCAAACACACAUGCCGCCUUCUCCUCCACAAUUAUCUCCGCAAUCACAAAGUGAUUGUUUAUUGCAGUGUUUAUAAUUACACUCGCAAGUCGCUUCAUUUGUUUCAUGCAAAAAAGUAAUUUCAAUCAUGCAAGAAAUUAAGUGUGCACUAUACUAUUGCAGUAUUAUUGCUUGGAACAGGAGCAUGAGUCUGUGUCAGAUGUGGUCACCAAAUACAUCUGGUGUGUGUGUGUGUGUGUGUGUGUGUGUGUGGACAGAGAACAGUGAUCAUAGUGAUACAGUACAUCAAUUGGAAUGAUGCUUUAAGAUAGUCAAAUGUGCCGAUGUCCCCAGGACUGAUGAGUCUCUGUAAUGGUCUGUGGAUUUUUAGAGGUUGCAGCCCUGUCCUAUACAAUAUCACAUACGUGUAUUUGAGCUCUGUGUUGGAGAAUCAUUGAUGCAUUGAUUACUGUGUCAUUCACUUAAGUACUGCUUUUUUCAUAACUGGUCAUAACUUGGGCUGACCUUAUUGCUGGACACAUUAUAGGAGAUCUUUUUGAAGAAAUUCUCAUUGCUUCCAAAAAGGGAAAUGAUUAAUGAAUUAAGAUGACUGGUACUGAUUUUAACAUGAAAAGAGAUUAUUUAGGAAUGUUUACACAACAAUGAUCUACAUGUUGUUUAGCAGGGGGUAAUGUAUCGGGAAAUGGACUGUACAACAGACUCGAGGCAGGAUACCUUCCUGCAAUAGGCAGUCUGGCAACAGAGGCACUCUUGACAGCUUCUGUCUCCAGCUGUGUUGGUACUGAGCACUUUUCCUGUGAAAAUGAUGAAUGAUGCAGUAUUUGUAAUGUAUUUCACCAUAUAUUUUGUACACUGUAAAUUGUACAGAUUAAAAAAGAAAUACCAAAAA